AUGGAUGGGACCUCCGGUGGAUCUAAACCCCCCAUUUUUUCAACCGGCAAAAAGGAAGGUGAUCACCCUAAGUAUAAGAAGGGAACUACUGCGUUGGGUUUUGUUUUCAAAGACAGAGUUAUGUUAGCUGUGGAUCACUCAGUGUAUAGCUCAAGCAAAUGGUUGUGGCCUCAGAACGUUGUUGUACUCAAUUCUCACACCCUUGCGACUAUUUCUGGAGGGAGUGAAUACUUACUCACAGAUCUGCAAAAAAAGUGCCAUGAAUAUGAACUCAGGGAGGGGACAAGAGCUUCUGCUGCACAAGCAUCAAAGUGGCUGGCCGACACUCUGUCUUCCAACAGGGAGGAGGGGUUGUCAGUCGGAGUGCUGAUCGCUGGUUGGGAUGGAUUGGGAUUUUUCCUGUAUCAUGUGGACAGUAAGGAGGGAAAAGUGCGUAACGGGUCGGGUUCCAGAUAUGCUUUUGAUUUUCUGAUUGCCGAUGUCAAGUCCUAUUUCAGUAUGACCCUUAGUGAAGCUGUGUUUGUGGCUGAAAAAGGGCUUUGCCUUGCUUCUUAUCGAGCUCCUGAAAGACCGUGA